AUGAGGCCCCUUUUAAACCCAGAACAGCUUCUUGUUGCUGAUACUGUCCUUGCAGCACUGGUUGAAAAUAAUCAGCAAAGGUUUUUUCUGGAUGGUUCAGGGAGUAAUGAUGGUAAGACUGUACAGUUUUGGACAACAGUACGUGUAAGUAGUACUUUCCAGAUCGUUCAUCUACGCACCAACAUGAGAGCAGGGCUACAAAAGGAAGCUUUUGCAAAUUGGUUGCUUGAAUUAGGCGAUGGAAGGCUACUUGUAAAGCACUGCAAAGGCUGUAUUGAAAGCCUCCUGAAUGUGUCCUUCAACAUAAUGACAACCACAAUCAAGCUAUUAAACACUUCCGGGGAAUUGCUAACUUUUUUUUCCAUUGACUCAGUUGUUUCAGACGACCAUGAAGAAAUUAGUAUGUAUCAUAUGGAGUUUUUAAAAAGAAUUACACCUUCUGGUAUGCCGCCACGCAGGUUGCAUUUAAAAACCGGGUGUAUUGUAAUGUUCUUACGAAAUCUUAGCCUAAAACAUGGAUCGUGCGAUGGCACAAGAUUAGUUGUUUGCUGCACGAGAGACAAUGUUCUUGAUUGUGAAGUUCUUACUGGGAUUGCUGCAGGUAAUCGUGUACUAAUUCCAUGCAUUGCACUAGCUGCCAAUGAUACUAACUUGCCAUUUCAAAUUACAUGUGUUCAAUUUCCAUUACGUCUUUCAUUCGCCUCCACUAUAAACAAAUGUCAAGAUCAAACAAUUAAAAAAAGUUGGAAUAUAUCUGCGCAGACCUUGCUUUAG